AUGGCGGAGGGUCGGAUGAUGGAGCUGCACUCCGCUGUGGGGAUCCUUCUGGGGCUCCUGGUCGGCCUGCUGGUGAGAUCCCUCUUGACCAGAUCCCCCCAUAGACUGCCACCUCCUCCCUGUAUACGGGGAUGGAUCCCCUGGCUGGGGGCAGCGCUGCAGAUGGGGAAAGAUCCCCUGGAGUUCAUCCAGAGAGCCCGGCAGAAGCAUGGACCAAUCUUUACUGUAGUGGCUGCAGGCAACAGAUUGACUUUUGUCAGUGGAGAUGAAGGAAUGUCUGCCUUCUUCAAAUCCAAGGAAGUGAACUUUCUACAGGCUGUGCAGAAACCUGUCCAGCACACAGCAUCCGUUAAAGAGGAAACCUUCUAUAAGUUGCACGGUGACAUAUUAAAAAUGAUGACAUUUAGGCUGUCACAUAACAGACUGAACGCGCAUGUAACCCGAUUGUGCAGUGAAUUUUCCUCGCAUCUGGACCAACUGAGCUCACAGGGCACUAAGGAACUCUACGACCUGGUGAGGCAAGUCAUGUACCCUGCCGUGGUGGACAAUCUGUUUGGUAAAGGAGUGUGCCCUACUACCAAGGACACAAUCAAGGAAUUUGAAGAGCAUUUCCGCACCUUUGAUGAAGGAUUUGAGCGCGGCUCCCAGCUACCUGAGUGGUUUUUCAAAAACUGGUCCCUGUCCAAGCAGUGGCUGCUUAAGUUGUUUAAAAACAUUAUACCCAAAGAAGAAGAAAGUAAGCCAUCUGAAGACAGUGCUAAGACCUUGCUGCAUCAUCUGCUGGACACGAUCAGGGGAAAUUCUGCACAUAACUUCAGUCUUUUACUUCUCUGGGCAUCACAGGCCAAUGCCAACCCUGUUUCAUUUUGGACGCUUGCUUUUAUCAUUUCGGAUCCAGAGAUUUACAAGAAGGUCAUAAGUGAAAUUACUUCUGUCUUUGGUGAAAGAGGUCAGCAUCAUUUGAGUAUUACUGCAGUUGAUCUGAAGAAAGUCCCAUAUGUGAAGUCCUGUGUCCUGGAGGCCAUAAGGCUGAGGUCCCCAGGAGUUAUUACCAGGAAAGUGGUAAAACCAUUGAAAGUUUAUAAUUAUGAGAUUCCUCCAGGGGACCUGUUGAUGUUGUCUCCAUAUUGGAUUCAUCGGGACCCAAAAUAUUUUUUCCAGAUCCUGAAAAAUUUAAACCAGAACGCUGGACGGAGGAGAUGGUAGACAAGAAUGUUUUUCUGGCUGGCUUUAUUGCUUUUGGUGGAGGGAAAUAUCAGUGUCCUGGCAGGUGGUUUGCCUUGAUGGAAAUUCACUUGUUGGUGGUUUUAUUCCUCUACAAAUAUGAGUUCCAGUUACUGGAUCCGCUUCCCAAACAGAGUAAUCUGCACUUACUUGGGACCCAGCAGCCUGAUGGACCCUGUCACGUGAAGUAUAAGCUAAGAGAAUAA